UGAGAUUCCACCAAUAGCUUCACAGACAGUUAGCAUCAGACGGAAGAGUCACGUUGGCGGUGUGCUGUAGUCGGCGAGCCUUUUAGCAUGUCUUCAAGAAACUCUUUUUUACACUUUCUUCAAGCUCUUUGUUUGCUUUCCACUUGCAGAGCUGAUUUGUGCAAUUGGAGCGGAAGUGGGCUAAUGCAGGACAAUCAUUUGCGUGCGGUGCAGCAGGUCCGCUUGCACUGCACCGAGGGAUCAGUAGAAUGGAUAUACCCCAGCCGCGCCUUGCGGGUGGUCCUGGAACCCAUCCUCGCCAGGGCGCAGCGCACCACUCUCUGCAUCAAACCUUUCCGUGGCUUUCGAGGAGCUAGCCUAUUCAUUGAGCGCACUGGGGAGUUGGACCUGUUGAUGGCUGAUGGCGAGCGGCUGGAACGUGUGCACUGUUUUCGCGCAGGUGGACGUCAGAAAUCUGCUCUUUUCAUUCAGGCUAACCCACAAGAAGACAUCAGCCGUCGGAUAGCGGGCUUCCACUACGAGUUCCCCAGAAGAUGGAGUUCAGCCGGGAGGCUCCGUAGGCCCCUGCAAGCUGCCUGCCAACCAUGCAACAACACAGAACUUCUGCUGGCCGUCUGCAACAGUGAUUUUGUCAUCCGUGGCUCAAUCCGGAACGUAUCCCACAAUGCCGAGCGACAGACGUCCAUGGUGGAAGUGCGGGGCAGCCGGAUGUAUCGUCAGCGAAGUGGGGUGUUUGAACGGGAGGUGGGCGCCCAGGUACCCAACUGGCGCGGGCACAUCCACACCUUGCUGGCAUGCCACGUGAGGCCAGGGGAAGGCCUGUUCCUCUUCACUGGCGCUGAGCACUUUGGCGAGGCCUGGCUUGGCUGUGCCCCCCGGUUUAAGGACUUUCUCGCCCUCUACCUGAGGGCCAAGCGGAAUCAGCAGAACCCGUGUGACUUCCCCCUGGACUAGCCCUAUCCCUAGAGCCAAAGGGCAUCUCGCUGCACUGAUGGACAGCGAGACAGGGGUCCAGUACAUUGUCCUCAUUGGACAAGAGGGUGUUCUCCUCAACUCAACCAAUACCACCAACACAUACACUUCAUAGCAAAAAAGAGAGACAGAAAGAUUAGAUGUUCUUUGUUUCAGUGGAUGUUAUUUAAAUGAACAUUAUAGACCCUUUCAACAAGGUAAACAAAAACAAUGCUUGA